GCGGAUGCCAAUCAAGGCAUCAACUUCAAAUUGUAUGUGAAAGAUCAGCCCAGGACCUCGGGGCAGACACAUCAGUUGGAGCUCAAUUGUUGAUCAGAUCACAUCUGAGGGAUUUAGGAGCACGGAGGAGCCGAGAUUGGAGGGGGGGACAGAGCCAGCCUCCCGGUGUAGCUAGCGCUCAGUGAGCGAGCGGGCGGGCAGUGCGGGAGCAGCUCUCACACUUUGUUUGGCAGAGUUUGUCUCCCGGUACCGGGUCCCACAGUUCACUUCCUAUCGCCGGGCUGUUUGCAGAGUUUGUGUUGUUGUUGUUGUUGUGGUGCCGGCCAGUGGUUCUCUGCAGGAAGGAGGCUGCCGCUGACAGACAUGGCCUUCUCCCAGAUGGGCUACCCGCAGUACCUGAGCCCGGGCCAGGCUGCCGUCUAUGGAGGGGACCGGCCGGGGGUGCUGGCUGCGGCGGCUGCUGCUGCUGCGGCGGCUGCGGCUGCCGGAUCUGGGAGACCGACCGCGACCGAACUGGGCAGCAGCUCCAGCGCCGCCGUGACCUCAGUGCUGGGCAUGUAUGCCGGUCCGUACAGCACCCCCAACUACAGCGCCUUCCUGCCCUACACCACCGACCUCAGCCUCUUCUCUCAGAUGGUAAGUGCCCGAUCACCAUAACCACUGCAAGACACCGACUAUAGUACUCUGACAGAUAGAGGUAUUGUGUUUAAUGGCACUCUGUACCUUUAUUUAUUCUGUAGAAAAUAAAAAUGAGUGACACAAAUAUUAUUCUUUACAUUUGUGUUUUGGGUUGUUGUGUUUUUUUUGUUUUUUUUAAAUUGAUUUAAUUUUUUUUAAAAAGUGUUUAUUAUAGAUCACUUCUUUUAACUGUAAAUGCAGUGUGUACGAAUUUGGUGACCAAAAUCGUAAUUUUACAUUGAGCAUUCUGUACUAUAAAUAUAUAUUAUUUAUUUUGUUCAGAUGAGAUUCAAUAUGCUCAGGUCUCUAGAAUCUAACACCUAGUAUUUAUUCUUGUCUUUUUCUUGGUCGUGUCUUUUUUAUAGUGCUCAUCUCCCCUUUCAUUAACCCUUAAAAUACCGUUGCAAAUAAUUGCACGAUUGGGUGCAUUAUAUGGAUAUUAAUGGUUAGAAAGACAAAAGGGCACUGUCUCAUAUACAUUAAAAAAACAAACCUCUCUGAAUAUAUAUAGCAUAGGCGAGCUCUUUCCCCAGGGGAUAAGCAUGCAGUAACACGGAACUCAGCUUCUAUUAUAGUCUUUGCCUCUUAGUACAUAGGGAAACACUCUAAGAACUCAGCCUAACUGCACAAGAUUACAUUGAAUAGUUUGUUGCUGGGACUAAAUCACGGUUUACGUUUGUUUUUAAAGGUACAAUAAUAUUGCAACAAUGUACAGAAAAUCAUGAGUUACCAGUCGAUUACUUCCUGAGUUUUCUUUUCAAAGCUUUAAGGAAGUACUCAUAUUUCAUUUUUCAGAGAUCUAAAUACAUUCCUGCUACUAUUUCUCUGACAUAACACCAAUUACUCUUGCUUUGUUAAAAAGAAAGGAUCAUAACAUAGUAUGUUUAUUUAAAACCUUGCAAGAAACAAGUCUCUAUUCUUCAACACGCCUUUUAAAGCAAACACCUUAAAAUCCAGGACUUGCAGUUGUUGUAUUUCAGUUUGUUUUGCGAUCAACACAAUACGUUACAUCUAUACCUUUUUAUAAUGGCAUUAGCACAAGAUUAAAUGUCUUUAAUGUUUGGAUAGAGAAGUGUCAUCUCUUGAUGUUUUUAUUUACUUAGAAUUGAUUGGAAGUUAGACAUUAAAAAAAAUCGUAACCAUUAGCACAAAUCUAAUUGUGCUAUAUAAAUUCCAUUUAAAAGUUUAGUUCUGUUCACUAUUUGGUAUUCUGUCCUUAAAUAUCUUUUUUCACAGGGCUUUCAAAAUUAUAGAAAAAAAUGUUUGACCCAUAAAAUUGAUUUCUAUAGAAUAUAAUCUGAUUUUAUUUACAUUACAUAUGUAGAACGUAUGCAGUAAAAUAUUUAAAUCUGUGGGGGAAAAAUUAGAAUAUGAUAUAAUAAUAUAAUAAUUCUUCCUAUUUAAUCUAUUUCAUAUCGGUUCUUUUUAAAUCCAAAAAUCCAGCAAUUAUUGCUUUUUUUUUUUUCUCGCGGUUUUUCAUUUACAUAUAAUUCCGAUUUAGUAAAAUAAAUGCAAAUUAAUUGUUAUUUUAGGAAGCACUGACACCUCAGUACUGUAUAACACUAAUGGGACCCUAUUGAAGUUAAUGGAAAACAUUAUCUGUUUUUGUUUAAAAAAAAAAACAAAAAAAAAAACACCCUUGCGAUUUAUUAAAUUCCCACUUUACCUGAAAAGUUUUAUAGUAAUUAAAAAAAUAGAUUUAAAAAAAAAAUCACAUUAAAGAACUAGCAAGCACUAUUUAUUUAUUCAUUUUCUAUCGUGGAGUGCUGUGAUUUAUUAUAACUAGAUAAUUUAUUGUAGAAAUUCUUUAAAUAACUUAAUAAAUUAGGACCAACCUCAAAGAUGCUCUUAUGUAUAAUUCUAAAAAACAUUUUAAUUUUAUUUUUUUGUACCGUUCAUUUUUCCUCUCUUAUAUAAAAUGUUAAAUGACACUUGGUAAAUCUGAGAUGUUUAUUCUUUGACGUUUUUGGUUACUAUUUGUUAAGAUUCCAUAUACCAUUCACACAUAAGAAGAUGAUUGUUAGACGAGAUGUAUUUUUCAUUUUUCAUCCUUCUGGUUGUCUAUCUGCACAGGGAGGGUAUUUGGAAAUGAUAGGUCUCCGGGAGCUUCAUAUGUGUUAGAAAACUGCAGACCCUUAUUAACAGUUUCUAAGUAUUGUUUUAAAUAUGGUCAAGGUUACCAAAUCCCAAGAUAUCUGCUGAGGCUUUUUACUGAUGGUAGGGCAAAGCUUCUGGGAUUUGAGGGCAAACUUGUUUUGCCCAAAAGCUGUAUAAAUUUUAUUUUUCUCUUCGUUCUGCCUUAAGCCCCAAAUUGCUGGAUUUGUGGAAACAUAGUCAUACCUCUUUAGUUUGUGUUAGCUUAGUGUGUAUAUGUGUGUGAUAUAUACACACAGUACUUUUAUUUACUAAUGUAUAAGGACAAUUGGAACAGUGAUUGACCUCUUCCUCUCUCUUGGUGUGUUUCAGGGAUCGCAGUAUGAACUGAAGGAUAACCCUGGAGUCCAUCCUGCCACUUUUGCUGCCCAUGCUGCCCCAGGCUAUUACCCCUAUGGACAAUUCCAAUAUGGUGAUCCCGGGCGGCCCAAAAAUGCCACUAGGGAGAGCACUAGUACAUUGAAGGCCUGGCUGAAUGAGCACAGGAAGAACCCCUACCCCACAAAGGGGGAGAAGAUCAUGUUGGCCAUCAUCACCAAAAUGGACCUCACUCAGGUCUCCACCUGGUUUGCCAAUGCCAGGGAGGAGGCUCAAGAAGGAAAACAAGGUGACUGGGGUGCAAAAGGAGAAGAAGAUGGUAAUCUCUUUGGAAGUGAUAAUGAAGGGGACCAUGAGAAGAAUGGCAGAUGAUGAGGAGAUCGACCGGAGAGCAUAGACAUAAAAUUGAUGAUAAUGAGGGGAACAAGAGCAACGAGGAAGAGGGAGGACAAGCCAGAGCACUUGAGACAGAGCGAGGACAGCCUGAAAGAAAGCGAGGUGAUUCUCUUCAGCCUCUGAAGGACUCAAAUCAAAGGACUCUUUGUCACUGGGAAAAAGAAAACUCUGAAACUAGCAAUAGAAUUGAAGCCCUGGCGCGUAAAGGGAAUUUACAAGUGCCAACACACAGCAAACCAAAAAUAUGGUCUUUGGCAGAAACUGCCACAACCCCUGAUGGGGCCCUAAAGACUUCUCCUCCACCCCAAGUGAACCACACAUCUCCCCCAUCCAGCAUCCAGCAUUCUUCUAGCCAUGGACUAUACACAUGCCAGAUUGGCAAAUUCCAUAAUUGGACAAAGCCGAGCUUUUCUCACCUUCAGAGUUCCCUGAUAAAACAUGAGGUCCAUUAGGUGUAAAACCACCACCACCACGCAGCUCACCACAACCACCACCACCUCCAGGCCCACCCAGCAGUCUCCUCUGUUAACAGCCAACCUGGGGUCCUCAGCAGCAAAAAAAUCACAGAGAGGAGCAGUCCCAAGCACACAGGUGAUGAAUGAAACCAUAUUGCAA